AUGGCCCAUCAUCAAGCGCGGACGAUGGCUAUGGAUCCGCCACAUAUCACUGAAUUUGCUUCUGAGCGUUACUUCGAAAAGCUAAGCCAGCUCAAUGCACAUCAACAUCAGCACCAACCUCCUCCGAUUCGAGAUAAUCUAGAUACCUCCACGUCGCCCUCGAGAUUUAUUCUGCCUCUACGAGAAACAAAAACCGUCGAUGUUGAACCUUCAAGGCCCCUUGACCAGAAGCGUGAUAAGUCAAGGUUUUUCGGCCUUCGCUCCAAGGUCUCGAUACUCCACUCUAAAUCGAAUGUCCCGUCUGGUCAUGCGCCUCGAGUGUCUGUAGAAACGCCGCAAAAAAGUGCUAGCUUCGAUCAGCUCUUCCUAGGACUUCCCAACGAAUUACAGAUUCAAAUCAUUUCUGCCCUCCCACUAACCGACGUCCUGAACCUCCGACUUGCCUCCAAAUCGUGGCAUACUCUCGUCACUUUCAACGAAAAUACUAUCGCUCGAUAUCAUCUCGAAAAUCAUAUUCCCGCCUACGCCUCCCGCCUAUACCCUAUCACAGACCCGAGCGAGAUCAACUUCCAACAUUUAUGCGGGAUAUGGCAUCGAUUACACGUCGCUGCCAAGCUAGCCUUUCUAAUGUGUGAAUGGAUCACAAAAGAUAUCUUCCUUCGCCAGACUGAAGCUCAACGACUUGCAUUUGCACCCCAGAACGAGCGCAUGCGACGACGCCUAAUACCUCUUCUAUUUACCAUAUUCCACUUCUUCGAGACGUACCGGAAAUUGUACCUAAAGCGUAUGGCUGAGAACGGAGGAAAAGGAUUGAGAAGGGAACCUUAUACUUUGAACCCUAUUGAAGCUGAAAUCAUGAGCAUGUACGACGACCAAACCUUAUUAAGAGUCCACGAAGUCUUUCCCCUUGUAAUAUCAUCGUUCUGUCGGAGACUCCGACCACCGACAUAUGUUGGUAGAGUCGAGCGGUCACUUCGUGGUUAUAUUCGGGAGAAACCGUCUGAUGAUAUGCAUGUUGCAAUUUUGUGCAUUGGUGGACUCCGACAAGUGGAAAGGCUAUGGGAAAUCAAGGGCUACAACAGCAGGCGUGGCGCUGUUGACACAUGGUUCAAUGCUCUCACGAAAGAGGCGCCAUCUACUGAACAGCCAGCAUCGAAGCCGAAACGAGGUCUUUUCGGACGCAAAAAAUCCACUAGUGAAGCUCGAUCGUCUGGUACUGUAUUGAACAAGGUCCGGAGUUCUGGCUCAAUAGAUGGAAAUAUGGAUUGGGAGACCAAUCUUGUCUUCAACACGAGCUUAUCUGCUGGGGCUCCCAUGUCACCUCUUACUUCGCAACAGGCUCAGGCAUUGCUCAGCGACCUUCCAGUACUGCAACAGAUCUGGCUCACAACAGCCGAAGCUUUGAUCCUUCAGCGUCGGGUUGUCGAGCGUCCACAGGAUAUCAAACGCAACCAACAGGUCAUGCUGGAUUUGAUCAGUGAAGAUGGACUGGUAGAAGAGGACGAAUGGUGGUACGGCCGCAGCAUUCCCGAUUCUGUGCGGCCUCCCGUCGGUGUCACUGAUGACGAUGCGGAUUAA